AGGCGGCGGGGCCGUGAGCAGGGAGGAGGCGGCGUCAGCGCAGCGCAGGCAGCGGGAGCCCGGCGGGAGGCCGGGGUGCGGCCGCCGCCAUGAAGAAGCAAUUCAAUCGCAUGAAGCAGCUGGCCAACCAGACCGUCGGCAGGGCUGAGAAAACGGAGGUGCUUAGUGAAGACCUGCUGCAGAUCGAGAGACGUCUUGACACUGUGAGAUCUGUUUUCCACAUAGCACAGAAACGGUUAAUUGCGUGUUUUCAGGGCCAGUAUGGUACAGACCCUGAUAAGAGACAUAAAAAGCUUCCUCUAACAGCUCUUGCUCAAAAUAUGCAAGAAGGAUCUGCCCAGCUAAGUGAUGAAACUCUGUUGGGGAAAAUGCUAGAUACGUGUGGUGAUGCAGAGAAUAAAUUGGCAUUGGAGCUCUCCCAGCACGAAGUACAGAUUGAAAAAGACAUUUUAGAACCACUGAACACGCUAACAGAGGUAGAGAUUCCCAACAUUCAGAAACAGAGGAAACAGCUUGCAAAGCUGGUUUUGGACUGGGAUUCUGCUAGGGGAAGGUAUAACCAAGCCCACAAGACUUCAGGAACAAAUUUUCAAAUGCAUCCUUCAAAAAUAGAUUCCCUUAAGGAAGAAAUGGAUGAAGCUGGAAAUAAAGUAGAACAAUGCAAGGAUCAACUGGCAGCAGAUAUGUAUAACUUUGUGUCCAAAGAAGGAGAAUAUGCUAAGUUUUUUGUUAUGUUAUUAGAAGCACAAGCAGAUUACCAUAGAAAAGCAUUAGCAGUCAUAGAAAAGGUCCUACCCGAAAUUCAAGCCCAUCAAGACAAAUGGACUGAAAAACCAGCUUUUGGAACUCCAUUAGAAGAGCAUCUCAAGCGCAGUGGUCGUGAAAUUGCAAUCCCUAUUGAAGCCUGUGUAAUGAUGCUUCUGGAGACGGGGAUGAGGGAGGAGGGCUUAUUCAGAAUUGCUGCUGGAGCCUCCAAGUUAAAAAAGCUUAAAGCUGCCUUAGACUGUUCAACUUCACAACUUGAUGAAUUUUAUUCUGAUCCCCAUGCUGUUGCAGGUGCCUUGAAGUCCUAUUUGAGAGAAUUGCCGGAGCCUUUAAUGACCUACGCUCUGUAUGAGGAGUGGACACAAGCUGCAAAUAUUCAGGACCAGGAUAAGAAGCUACAAGAGUUGUGGAAGAUUUGUAACAAAUUACCUAAGCAUUAUCAUGCUAAUUUCAGGUAUUUAAUCAAAUUUUUAGCAAAGCUUGCACAGAACAGUGAUGUCAACAAAAUGACACCCAGCAAUGUCGCAAUAGUCUUGGGCCCCAACUUGUUAUGGGCAAAAACCGAAGGAUCCCUUGCUGAAAUGGCAGCAGCAACUUCAGUCCAUGUGGUAGCAAUUAUUGAGCCGAUUAUUCAGCAUGCAGACUGGUUCUUCCCUGGAGAUCAAGACUUCAAUGUGUCUGGGGCAUUUGUUGCAGUUCCUGCUGUUAAUUCAAAUCACUUGUCACACACUGGCAAUGAAUAUGAUUCUGGGACACUGGAACGGAAGAGGCCUGUUAGUAUGGCUGUAAUGGAAGGGGAUUUAUUAAAGAAGGAAAGCUUUGGUGUCAAGGUUAUGGACUUCCAAGCAAACCCUCGGAGAUGUGGCACUAUAAAUAGAAAGCACACAUCCCCAGCUUUCCAGCCACCACUUCCACCCACAGAGGCUGGCGUGCUGGCUCAUUCUGGAGUGGAGCAGCACUCACAAGCUGCUGUGGCUGAAACAAGCCCAGUGGGUGCUGGUUUUGCUCUCUCUGCUGGCACAGCAGAACAGUUACAAAGUCAAGGAAAUGAGGAUGUCAGUACCUCAAAACCUAAGGACAGCACAUCUUCAGCUACUCCUCCACCCAUGAGAAAUGGUGGGCAUGUGAGCACUGCCCCAAACCAGUCAGCAAGUAGCACUAAUCAGCUUUCUGUUAAUCAGCCACAGAAUGCAGCAGGUCCCAGUCCCCAUUCAAUGAGGAGAGCUGUUAAAAAGCCUGCACCAGCACCUCCCAAGCCAGCCAACCCUCCACCAGGGCAGCCAGGAAGCCAAAGCUCUGCCCCAGCUGCUCAGCCGCCUUCUAUCUCUCCAAAGCCACUUGCCAGAAGCUCUUCUCCUCCAGCCCAACAUGCAAACCAGGGAGCAGCCAUGACCUCCAGUUCCCAGGUUUCUGCGCCUCGGCGAUACUCCAGCAGCCUUUCCCCAAUCCAAGCUCCCAGCCACCCACCACCACAGCCCCCAACUCAGGCUACUCCUCCACUGCAGCCCAAAGCAAACAAUCAAGCAUCUCCUUCUGCACCCAGCAGUGAACAUGGACCAGAGCAGCCCUGUUACACUCCUCCGCAGACUCCAACGCCACCUGAUACACCCCCUCUAGGCAAACACAGCACUACUUCCCCGCCAUCACAGCCGCAGUCAUCUACUCAAGACACCUCACAGUCUCACUCUCCGCCUCACAGUGGCACACUGCCAAGGCCACGGCCUGUGCCCAAGCCCAGAAACAGACCCAGUGUUCCCCCUCCUCCUCAUCCUCCUUCUCAGCUGGCUGGAGAUGGUAUUAUUGCAAAUCCCACGCAAACAGCUUCCAAAAUAGUAACAGGUGGGGAUGGUUACUGCGAAUAAGGUUUGUACUUACUAGAAACAUGCAAUAUAAGCUAAAAUGCUCCCGCAAAGCAAUAUUUUAUUUGUAGCUUUAUUUUGUAUAUGCGCUUUGGAAUACGUGCUCUCUGUCAACUCUGUACGUUAUGUCAUUCUGUUUGUAAGACGUAAUAGGACCUGUGCUUAAUUUCAAUAGUCCCAUGAAUAUUAAUUCAUACUUUAGAACAAAUGGUAAAAAUAACUGUAGUGAAUAACACUUCCCACAAUCACCAGGUGUGAAGCAGUGACCCAUUUAAAAUAGAUUUCUUCUCAUCAGUGCAGGCAAAUGUUGCAGCUUGUAUUUUUUUUUCUCCAGUUCAGUGUUUUGUGGUUGCAUUUUAGUGUAGCUUGUACUUUAGGUUUUCAGCUAUUUUUACUUGGAUCUGAUUUGGCAAAAUACACGGUUGUGUGACUAAACCCCUUUGCAGAUGCAGCAGCAUCUGUACUCUGGCAUAUUUGCAUUUGCAUUCUGUCAGCCCCAGCCUCGCUAAUAGUCUGUUCAACUGCAGCUGCCAAACAGCACAUUAAUAAUAUCACUGUUGAUACAUUGCAGCUCAGAAAUAUGUUACCUUGUUAAGGUAACAACUGCAUGAUAGGCUGGAAAAGUUGAGGUUGCAUUCCAGAAUUCUCAAGGUCAGAAGUAUAGUUUUACAUGCAAGAAACUAGCAGUUAGUGUGCAGUUAAGCAACUAAAAAAUAGCUUUGUGUUUUAUAACAAGAUAUCUCCUGAUUGUACCCCUGCUCUUUUUAUCAGCAUCUCUAAAAUACAAAUUCAUUUCAAAACUGAAUUCAGCCUUAAGGCUGUAGGUUCUGUAUCUUUACAGUACUUCUACAGAAGUUGAGAAUGGGAACAAUGCUGAU